GAGAGAGAGAGACGCUUUCACCGUUUGUCCUUCUCUCGCUCUCUCAGUUUUGUGACCUGCUGACGGGCAGCGCGGGGCGACGGACGGAAGAAACUUGAGUCAAUCGCAGCGAGAUCCGACAUCCAGAGGGUGUUUAACCCUCUGUGGGGAACUAAAUGAGACGCUUCGCAAGAGGAGUGGAGAAAAAAACGGCAGACAGAGGCUCAGCGAGAUAGAGGAAGAUAUCAGGCGGUGUGGAAAAAAAACGGAAGGAGUGACUGACACCUGCCCUCCAGCUCCGUGUGAAGGGCACGGGAUGGGCGAGUGAGAGGAGGUGCAUGAGACGAGGGAGAAAACAAGGGAGAGAAUGAAGAUACCUGGAAAACAAGGCCUGCCUCACAGCAAACCUCACUUAAAUUAGGACAUCUCGCCACAAGACAAGAUGGUUACAAGAAAUCUCCUCCUGUUGGUUUUCCUGUGCCUGUGGGAGGGGCUUGCUGGGGGUUCCUCUGCCAGUAAGAUUGUACGGAGAAGAGGAGUUGGCGGAUUGCACGCAGUGAAGCUGGGGGAGAGCAGAGCUGCCGACCAACGGGAUGCAAGCGUGGAUGCAAAUGCGAUGCCCGUGGUGACUCUUAGAAACCUGAUCAAUCACGAGCAGACGGGUGACACUGGAUCUUUUUCUUAUUCCAAAAUGUUGCAGAAUCACGCUGCUCCAUCUGUUGCCAACAAGGAGAAGCAGGCCCUCAAGCCCAAGCGUGAGGUUGACUCCGUCUAUAAUAAAGAAGUGACUCCUCACACAUUAGCAAAUGACAAGGAGUUAAACCAGGAUGUGAAGAAAGUUAGAAAUAACACCAAGAAUGCUGAGAAAACAGGGAGGUCAGAGAAAGCAUUCACAAUCCACCACAAACCAGAUCUACACUCCAAUAAAACCAGGUUUAAAUCAGGCUCGAGAUCCAGGGUCAGGCCUGAUUUGAGUGUCUAUACCACGGGUGUGCCACGAAAAGGAUUCAGCGUAGAUUCAAACCGAAAGCUGAACCUCACUGCUAGCUAUGGCGUUCUGAAGCUGCUGUCUAAAGAAAACCUAGUCAGGAUCGUCAAUUCCCAAAUGCAGAGCGCUCCCAGCUUGAGCUUUCCGAGCAAGGGCAGCCGGAGCAGGAAGAGAGAUUUGAUUGACGUUAAUCACAGACAGUUAGAGGCUCAGAAAGUGGCAAGACAAGAUAUGGUUGUCACUCAGUCUCACACUGGAUUUGAUAAUCAGACUGCAUUUCCUUAUGUAAGCCCAGUCACCACUCCAGAUCUUAAUCGAGACCCUGGUGCUGACAUUCGUAUUAAUCCGCUAAGUGAAGUCAAGCCAUCUUUAAGUAAAGAGCAGGACAACUUGGGAUUGCAGGAUUCAGAUAAUGGCGAUAGCAAGAGCAAACACCUCCUGCGCAUGCUGUCAACACCUCGCAGCGAGGUCAGUCUUAGCCCGGAGAAAGAACUAAUGAUCAGCCAAACGGAACCGCCUUUCACAUCGACAAAAUAUCACCCACUGUACGUUCCCUCUGAAACAAAUGAUUCCCCUCCUUCUGUGCUGACAAUGCAGCACUCGGGAUUAAGGCUGGGGAACAGAGCGGCAGAUUCCCAUAGAGACCCAUUAACAGAGUCAGUUCACCCUGCUCAAACAGAACUCAGCACAGCCCAGUACCCAGCAGAUGAAGACAGCACGCUUGUCAACAGCAGUCAUGUCCUAAGGCUCCACCCUUACAAGGCAAAAAACACUGGGACACAAGCUGCCGGUCCGAAAAAUGGCCAAGGCCUCGUGUUUGAAGAAGCAGAGUCCGAGGUAAAAGAGGAAGUGCAUGAGCGUAUGGAGGGAAAGGGGUCUCGCUCUCGCAGCAGGAGGAGCUGGAUCUGGAACCAGUUCUUUGUGAUUGAAGAAUACGCCGGGCCUGAACCUGUGCUCAUCGGACGGCUCCACACUGACAUGGACAGGAAUGAUGGACGCACAAAGUACGUCCUGCGAGGCGAGGGGGCGGGCUCGGUCUUUGUGAUAGAUGAGAAGACGGGUAACAUCCACGUCACAAAGCCGCUGGACCGUGAGGAGAAGGACGAGUACCGUCUCGUCGCCACGGCCACGGACAGGCAGACCGACCGUGCCCUGGAGCCGUCGUCACAGUUUAUAAUUCGGGUGCAGGACAUCAAUGACAACCCGCCUUUGUUUGAUGACGGCCCCUACAGCGCCACCGUGCCGGAGAUGGCAAAUAUAGGCACGUCCAUAAUCCAGGUGACAGCGACAGAUGCCGAUGACCCGACUUAUGGGAACAGCGCCAAGCUCGUGUACACACUGGUACAGGGACAACAGUACUUCUCAGUCGAUCCCCAGACAGGUAUUCUGCGUACAGCCGUGCCCGACAUGGACAGGGAGACCCAGGACCAAUUCCUGGUGGUGCUUCAGGCCAAGGACAUGGGGGGUCAUCUGGGCGGACUAUCCGGGACCACCACCGUCACCGUGCACCUCACUGAUGUCAACGAUAAUCCUCCACGGUUCACCCAGAGUAUGUGGUCCUUCUCCGUUUCUGAGCUCGCCAUCCCUGGCGCUGAGAUAGGCCGUAUAUCAGCCACUGAUGCCGACCUCGGCGAGAAUGCCAAGCUGGAGUAUACCAUCCUGGAGGGGGAGACCGGGGACACGUUCAACAUCACCGGAGUGAACCAAGAGGCUGUCAUCAUGCUCAACAAGGCUGUUGACUACGAGAGCCGAAGCUCCUACUCUUUCUCUGUGGAGGUCCUCAACCCCAUAGUGGACCCUCGCUUCCUGCGUCGAGGCCCCUUCAAGGACCGGGCCUCCAUCAGGGUAGCAGUCCUGGAUGCAGACGAGCCGCCGAAGUUCUCCCGGUCGAGAUAUCACAUGGAUGUUUCUGAGAACUGUCCACCAGCCUGCACUGUGGGCCGGGUCAGCGCUGUAGACCCUGAUACUGGACUCACCAAUAAUAUCAGGUUCUCCAUUGAUCCACAGUCAGACCCAGAGGCUCUGUUUCGCAUCACCCCAGACACCGGCCUCAUCACCACGGCCACGGAGCUGGACCGAGAACGCGAGCACUGGCACAACAUCACCGUCAUCGCGACGCAGAGAGACAAUCCCAGCCAGGUGUCCAGAGUUCUGGUCGCAAUAGAGACAUUAGACCUGAAUGACAACGCGCCGGAGCUGGACAGACAAUACACGACAGCCAUGUGUGACUCCUCCUCCAUUGGGCAGGUGGUGCAGGUGUUGCGGGCGAUUGAUAGAGAUGAGGGAGGGAAUGACAGCACCGUGUAUUUCAGCAUCCCUCCGGAGUCCAGCACCGCUCUCAACUUCAGUGUCAGGGACAGUGGUGGCACCACAGCCAGCCUGGUGCUCCUCUCCCAGCUUCAGCCGCUGUCCCGCUCCCAGUCCUCCACCCUGACGCUCUUUGUGCCCCUGGUGCUGAGGGACGGCACGUCGGGUCUCACCAGCACCAGCACGGUCACCGUGUCCGUCUGCCCCUGCCUGAGAGGAGGAUCUCGGGCUGGGGAGAAGGAGAAGAACAAACUGGUCGAGGGCGAGUGGGACUGGGAAAGAGAGGCGGUGUGUCUCCCCCAGCAGUCCACGCUGCCUUCCCCUGGCCUCAGUACUGCCGCCCUGCUGGCGAUCCUGGCUUGUGUUGCUACACUACUGGCGGUGAGCGCCCUGUCAUUGUCACUGCGCCGUCAGAAGCGUGACUCCCUGUCACCGCUGGAGGAGGACGACGUUCGGGAGAACAUCAUAACAUAUGACGACGAGGGCGGGGGAGAGGCCGACACGGCUGCUUUUGACAUUGCGGCGCUGCAGAGUGCGCCGCACACCUCGCGCUCGCAUGGCUAUCGCACUCUAGACAGCAGGAACGUACGUUACACACAUCGUACCCAAGACAAAGCUCGCACCUACAGCUGGGCUCAGAAUCCGGGUGUGGAUCACAACUACACAGGACCAGUAGGACCCCUCUAUGGUCGCCUCUGUUACAGCAGCCACACUUUACCUGUUCUCCGGCGCACGCCAGGCGGCACAUUUGAACCAGGCCUGGCAGAGCUGGGAUACCGCUUUCCUGGUGGCCAGCCAGACCACUCCCUGGUCAUCCAGAACCAGGGGGCCAUGGUGGGGGCGAUGGAGUCUGGGGCAGUUUACAUUACCCCCACGGACGGAAGCCGAAUGGGGAGUUGCGCGGGAAGCCGUGAAGGGACCGCACCCCAGAGUGCAGUGAGCACGUCCGACGGAGGAACGCCAAGGACCAGUGACAGCCGUGACAGAGGGGGAGGGACAAGAACUGCAAGCAACUGCACGGAGGGGAGCAACGAGGAGAAAACGAUCCACAGUCAAGACGGCGACUGGGUGCAGUCGGAGACGUUUCCCAGGGAGCAUAAUCUCGUCAUGACCCGAUCUGGCUCCGUGGUUGGCCAGGGUCACGGGGUGGGAGGCUGGAUGAGCGACUCGGCUACACUCCCCCUGGCAGGACGCAGGGCUUCCCGUGCCGGCUUGUCCCCAAAACGCACAAGCUCUGGCCAUGCUGAGUCUGACUCCAGCGGAGGAGGAGGAGGUGGUGGAGGAGGAGGAAGCGGAGAUGGACAACAGCAACCUUUCAAUGGACGCAACUAUGCCACUGUGCUGCAGGGGGAGAUGUCUGGACAGAGGGACUACCCUGGCACCUUGGGGAGGGGAGGCCUGGAGAUGGGAAGCAACUUUGUGGUGGGAAGGCCAGACAGGGAGGGUGGAGGGAUAUCACUGGCCGGGACUCCACCUGUCUACCAGGAAGCACCUGGCUUUAUAAGGGACUGGCGUGAUCGGAUGGGUCUGGGAGGGUACGUUUUGGGCAGAAGGGAUAUAACCCCACAGCUUUUGCCCUUUCCAGGGCAUCCUCGAGGAGCGUAUAGUGGUGUGAUGGGCUUUGGGGGCGGUUGGGUUCCAGGGAUGGAGGCAGUAAGAGAUGCUCCAGGGCCCGGGGGUCCCUCCUUGGCACUGAGGGUGGGUGAGUUCCUACGACUGCGCCUUGCCCAGGUCACCUUUGACCCCUCACAGCCACCGUAUGACUCGGUGCAGGUGUACGGCCUGGAGGGGACAGGGUCCAGGGCUGGAUCCCUCAGCUCACUGGAGAGCGAGGGGGAGAAGGAUGCAGAAAAGGAGGAUUGGGGAGCGGGGCUGGAUGAGUGGGGUCCCCAGUUCGAGAAUUUAGCCCAGCUCUUCAAAGUAAGAGAAAAAGAGAAGGAAGAGAAAGUUGAAGAGUGUGUCAAGAAGGAGAAUGAAAUGAAAGAGGAGCCUGAGAAGAAAGAGAAAAAAGAUAGAGGAGAGCAGGCUAGAGAGGAAGGGAAAGACUGAGGGGAUGAUAAAAAUGAAACAAAUAGGGCAAAGGGGGUAAGAGAGGAAGGGAGGGAAUAGGAGGAUGAUGAAAAGGCAACCGGCGCUAGAAUAAUGUGAAGAGAAGUUAAAGGGGAGAAAGAUGAAGAGGCAAAGAAAUAAAAAGAGACGGAGAAAAAUGAGCCUAGGGAGGAUCGAGAAUGCGAGGGCAGGGAGGGAGUGAUUGAUGUAAUUUAAAGCAAUAAGUGUUGAAACGUUGAUAUGGUUGAGCACAGAUACUGAGACAAUGCAGAGGCUGCUUGUGCUCGGGGCAGCAACAAUUUGUUAAACGCUUCGGACAAAGAAAAACAACCCAAACAUCCAGGACUCAAUUUAAUUCAACUCUCACGUAUGGAAUGAGAAACAGCCGGAAACAUGGAGGAGACCGUUUCUCGUUGAACGCAUGUACGUGUGUUGGUGUGCAUGUGUGUAAGGAAAAUCUGUGAAGGGAUAUAGACGUGUGAGCAAAAGUGGAUAAAUGCACUUGUAUGCAUGAGUGUAUGUGUGUAAUUUGAAGAUGUUUAACAAAGACAGAGGAAGAGUGGCAGGGACAACUCCUCACGUCCAGAGACUAUUUAACUACUGAGACUUACAAUACCUAUAAGCUGCAACAUACGUUUUUUGGGACAACGUGCAAAGAGUAAACAUUUAACGAGGAAGUUUAGUAACUAGAACAACACACAGUGGAUAAACUAUAUAUAUAUUUGAAUAAAAUGAAUGGAAUAAGAGAGCAGGAUGUAUAGAGAUGGAAACGGAUGGGGCAAGUGAGAGACGAUUGUACAGAAACAGUUACUUUUUAUUCCAUCUGCGGUGGCAGAAAAUUGAAUUAUUCAGCUCACUAUUUCAUUCCAAAUGAAAAUGAUGAAUCAUUUAAAUCCUGCAAAAGAUUCUCCCUCCUCUCAGCCCACGAGGAAAACAGACAUUGUGAGAAAUUGGAAUGAUUUAGGGAUGUGAACCCCCCCACCCCCCUGCGCGCCCCCACCACACCACACUCCUCUCACACAGUUUACUUUCCGUAUCUAUACAAAGACUCACAUACAAACACAGACACAUUUAUAAAUAUAAGGCUUUGAUUGUACGACAGUAAAUUAUAAAAGCAUCCACAUAUAUGGAGUAAUGAGGACUCCAUUAUUCUUUAUGGAAGGAGUAGACCCCCACCCCACCCCACCCCACCC